AUGGCUUUUGUGAUCGCAGGCGAAGUCCCCUGGCAUGACGGGGAAAAGGAAAUGCACAAACUGCUCUGUGUUCCGGAAACAGAAAACCCUUCAGUCCCCUAUCUCAGCCCUGGAGCGGGACAUCUGCUCAGCAAAGCACCGUUGCUUGCUCUCGGCACGGUAGAUCAAGACGGCAGACCGUGGUCAACCGUCUGGGGCGGAGAAGAGGGUUUCGCACGGCCCAUUGCUCAGUCUAUUAUUGGCAUCAGGGCGCUCGUCGAUAGGGUCUAUGAUCCUGUGCUCGAAAACCUGCUGGGUAAGAACGCUGACGGCAAAGUGGUAAAGGCAGAAGGCCAGAAAAAGAUGGUCUCAGGGCUCUCUUUUGAUUUGGAGCACAGGAAGAGGGUCAAACUGUUCGGCAGGAUGGUGGCAGGCUCGUUGGCUGAAUCUGACCCGGCGGGAAAUGAACAAAACUCAAAGGAUGUCGGACGAGGCCAGGUGCAGUUGGUCGUGAAGAUCGACGAAAGCUUAGGCAAUUGUCCAAAGUACAUGAAUAAGAAACAUAUAGUGCCAGCCCUACCAGAACCAAGACUCAUUUCUGACUCUCCCCAGCUUCCACAACCGGCAGUUGAACUGUUAAACCGCGCUGAUUGCUUUUUUAUGUCUUCCUCCCACAAAGAAGUAGAUAUGGACACCAACAUCCGCGGUGGAUCUCCUGGGUUCGUUCGAGUCCUCUCCAAUGACCCCAAUGGCGCUGUGUUCGUCUACCCUGAAUAUUCCGGUAAUCGACUGUAUCAGACUUUGGGCAACUUGCGGACGAAUCCGCGUGCAGGAUAUGUGUUUCCGGAUUUUCAAACUGGCGAUGCGCUUUACAUCACUGGAAAGACGGAGGUGUUGGUGGGCAAGGACGCAGACGCAAUUCUGCCCAGGUCGAAUCUUGCCGUCAAAGUUACCGUCGCAGCCGCUCGAUUUGUCGAGAAGAGUCUGUCCUUCCGCGGGAUUCCUGGGGAGCCGUCGCCCUACAACCCCCCGGUGCGAUAUCUGCGCACGGAAAAGGAGGCGCCUGCAGCGCAGGGGUCAGACCAACUAUCCGUCCCAGUCACCCUGGUGAGAAAGGACGUGCUGACUCCAUCAAUCGCUCGCUUUCGUUUCAAGAUAUCCGACCAGAAACGAUUUGGGAAGUGGAGGCCCGGGCAGUACGCCGUCUUUUCCUUCAAGGAAGACCUGGACAUGGGUUACAGCCACAUGCGGGACGACGACCCGACGAGUCUUAACGAUGACUACAUCCGGACAUUUACAGUGUCUUCAUAUCCGGGAAAGGACCUUCCGGAUGAUGAGUUCGAGAUAACAGUGCGAAAGCACGGCAACGUCACUGCGCAUCUGUUCCGAGCGAGCAAGCGAUCAGGGUUAGAAGUGCCCGUGAGAGGAUUCAGCGGGAGCUUUCAGAUUGAAGACAGCAGCGCGAAGAGCGACGUCAUUCCCUUUAUCGCAGGUGGAAUUGGUAUCACUCCUCUUCUUGCCCAGCUUCCUGCGAUCGAUAUAUCGCGUCUCCGACUCUUUUGGUCUGUAUCUGUAAUGGACAUUGGUUUGGUACACGACACGUUCCAGCGAUUCCCGCAACUGCCACGUUCGACGAAACUGUUUGUCACUCGAUCAGAUACGGAGACGGAUCCCGAUAUCCUGCAGAAAUUACAGGACAUCAAUGCCUCCGGGGCUGUGGUCCAUCGCCGACGGCUGGAGUCGAAGGACCUGGACAUCUCCAACGCAGAGACAUGGUAUCUCUGUGCCGGGACUGCCUUGAAGACAGCUGUCAUGAACUGGCUGGCGGGGGAAAAGAUAAUUUAUGAAGAUUUUACAUAUUAA